AUGCGGGCUUAUCGCUUCCUUCCUCUGGCUGGCUUCUUUGCCGUUGCUGCGCACGCAUUCUGGCUUGGGGACAUUCCUCACCAGGGAGUGGCCCCGUAUGCUUCAUCCGGGUACCCGGUUUUCCGCGAUGUUAGGAAGUACGGCGCCGUUGGCGACGGCAAUGCGGAUGAUACCGCUGCCAUUCAAAGAGCCAUCGAUGACGGCCAGACUUGUGGACGAGGAUGCGUGUCUACUACUACAACUCCUGCCCUGGUCUACUUUCCCAGUGGCACUUACAAAAUUUCAUCGUCCAUCAGACCCGGUUACUUUGUCCAAAUGAUUGGGGAUGCCAACAGCCCACCGACAUUGAAAGCAACCAGUGACUUUGAGGGACUGGGGCUCAUUGACGCCGAUCCAUAUUACGGACAAGGUCUCAAUUGGGCUUCUACGACGGUGUUUUUCCGCCAGAUUCGGAAUUUUGCUAUCGAUACCACGGCAAUUCCCGCCGGGAAAGGCGCCACGGGCAUCCAUUGGCCCAGUUCACAGGCGACUAGCCUUCAGAACAUCGUCUUCAACAUGCCCAUCUCAGAUGACGUGGCCCAUGUCGGAGUGUUCAUGGAGGAAGGUAGCGGUGGAUUGCUCACGGACCUAACGUUCAAUGGCGGACGCACCGGGUUGUCCAUGGGCAACCAGCAGUACACUACUAAGAACCUUGUGUUCAACGGCUGCAAGACUGCCAUUCUUCAGAUAUGGAACUGGGGGUGGACUUAUAUCGGAGUGCAGAUUAACAACUGUGGUGUUGGGCUCGACAUGUCCCUCGUCAGUGGCAAUGGUGAUCUAAACGUUGGAUCGGUCACCUUCAUUGACAGUGACAUCAGCAACACCAACGUUGGCAUACUGAUCGCCCGCACAAGUUCUACGUCCCCCGUCACUGCUGGGAGUUUGAUACUGGAGAAUAUAAGACUUGAAAACGUUGAAAUCGGUGUCAAGGGACCGAAUGGUACACUCCUGGAUGGGGGAACAGGGACAAUCGACGCUUGGGGGACGGGUCGCCAAUACACCCCCAAUGGCCCCGAGCAGUUUCAGGGUGGCUUCGAGGCGAGCCGCCGUCCGAGUACUCUCACCAAUGAUGGGAAGUAUUACCUGCGGACAAAGCCGCAGUAUGCCGACAAGUCUUCAUCUGACUUCCUUGGCGUCCGUUCUGUGGGUGCAAAAGGUGACGGCAGUACCGACGACACAGCUGCUAUUCAGCGGGCAAUAAACCAGGCCAGCUCAACUGGAAAGAUUCUGUUUAUAGACCACGGAGUCUAUGUCAUCACCGACACCAUCUUGGUGCCUCCCGGCACCCGAAUUGUUGGCGAGGCGUACCCUACCCUCUUGUCGAGCGGCGGCAAAUUUGCCGACAUGAACAGUCCCCGUGCCGUCCUCAAGGUCGGUGAGACUUCCGGUCAGUCUGGCCAGGUCGAACUCUCCGACUUCAUGAUUUCUACGCGAGGGGCACAGGGAGGAGCAGCGCUGAUUGAAUGGAACCUCGAUACCAGCGGUACUCCGUCCGGUAUGUGGGACGUUCAUACACGCAUCGGCGGCUUCGUCGGCUCCAAUCUCCAGACUGCACAGUGUGAGAAGAGGCCUGGGAAUACCAAUGUUCCGGAACAGUGCGUGGCCGCAUUUAUGUCGAUGCAUAUUACCAAAGGAGCCGGCGGCCUGUACAUGGAGAAUUGCUGGCUGUGGACGGCCGAUCACGACCUCGAUGGUGGCAGCAAUACUCAAAUCGACAUCUAUGCUGGCCGCGGGUUGCUGAUUGAGGCAACAAAGGGUCGUUUCUGGCAGGUGGGAACUAGCGUAGAGCACCAUACGCUCUAUCAGUAUCAGUUCGCCAACACCAAGGACGUCUUCGCCGGCCAGAUACAAACCGAAUCGCCCUACUAUCAACCAAGCCCCAAUACUCCUCUCCCCUUUCCCAUCAACAAGGCUCUCCAUGACCCCGAAUUCGAUGGCCUGACGCAUGCGUACGGGUACCGUGUAGUGGACUCUUCCGGAAUCUUCACGUAUGGCGCAGGGUUGUACUCGUUCUUUUCGAAUUGGAACGCAACUUGUUCCACAUUUGCAGCCGGUUCAGACUGCCAAAGCAAGAUCAUGUCUCUGGAGGGAGCGCUCAGCAACGUCAACAUCUACAAUCUCAACACUGUCGGCACCGUCAGCAUGUUGAACCGGGAUGGAACUUCGGUCGCCAAGGCAAAUGACAACGUCAACGUCUUCAAUGCAAACGUGGCACUGUAUCGAGCCGUGUGA